UAAAAAAGGACAAAUAUCACACCUGAAUCAUUGAUUCCAAAGUACAGAACUGAGGUUUUGCCACAUGGACACUUACCUCAAAUCAGGAAAAGUUUACCUCCGACCACACAAAGCUGGAAAGAAAUGGAAACCAGUGUGGUUGUCCCUGUUCCCCCCAAGUACUAAUGGAGUGGGUCGUCUGGAGAUCCAGGAUAUUGGAGGGGACGCGGCUGGAGGUGAUAUUGGUUCUGGGGUAAAACACCACCAGUCUCAUGGGGACAGGAAGGUGAAGAUGGUCCGACUGUCAGAGCUGAUCAGUGUCCUCAGACUCCCCCCAAACGCUGAAGCUUGUCCCAUGGAGAAUAUGUCUGCAUUUUGUGUGGAGACAGAAAAGAGGACAAUGGUGUUUGCUGCACUCAAAGAUGAUUGUAUGGAGUGGGUGGAAAGACUCUGCAAAACUGCCUUUCAGAAAGAUGCUGGAUUGGGUCCCGUUCAUUUUCAUAUGGAAGAGAACCAGAUUUAUGCCUCAGCAGAUGAUGUGCAGUUCUGGGUUGUUGUGAAGCAGACUGAUGCAGCUGUCCGCUGCGGCCUGCAGGGCCCAUACUGGCUGCAGGUCGGCCAUCAGGCGCUGCUGCUGAGAGAAACACAGGCGAGGAACAUUGUUCAGGAAUGGCCAUAUGAACUUCUGAGAAGAUAUGGAACAUACAAGUUGGCUUUAACCAUUGAAGCUGGUAGACGCUGCGAGUCCGGACCUGGAAACUUUACCUUUGAGACAGAGCAGGCUGACAAAAUAUUUUCCCUAAUUCAGAACACCAUCAAACAGAAGACUUCAACUAUGACUUCCAGCAACCAGCAGAGAGAAGGUGAGAAGGUCACCACGAACGCACCGGCUCAUUCCACUCUGCCCAGAAUAAAUAAUACCACCAGCACAGCUGCCAUUCUAGAAAACAGACGAAAACCACAGAAGACGGACUCUCGUGCCAGCAAAGAUUUGGAACGUGUAUCUCCACAGCCAGCUCCAAUCACCCUCCAACCUCUCCCAGUGGUUCCCACACUUGACACCCUAUCUGAUGAUCAAACUGGCAGCCAAUCAGAUGCCUUAUAUGCAGACCCAUUGGAAUACAUCCACUCUGUAAAACAACUUGAAAUGUCCACGGCUCUGUAUGUAGAUCCUGCAAAGGUUCUCCCAAUCAAACCACCUUCAUCUGUUCCUCCAAAGGAACCUAACAGUUCUUCUUGUAGCCCCAAUUUUAACCUUGACUAUCUUGAUCCACUCUAUUCAGAAGUGUAUGACAAAAUUAGCUCUGUCCAAAAUAAAGACAUUAAAGCUAUGAAUCAAGGAAGGAAAAAGUCUCCUGCAGAUGAUGAGCCAAUUUAUUCUGAACCCAUGAGCGAGAUGGUGGCAACAUCUCAUAAAAAUGAUACCAAACCAGAUCCAUUUGCCCACCUUUAUGCUCAUGUCUGCAAAGCUCCAUCGCCCUCUAAUUUCAUCCCUUUGAAUUCCUCUGUUUCUGCUAGUACAACAGCAAAAACAGAUCCAUUGCACCCUGGUGUUAUUUAUGAAAACCUUGGCAUCAUUUAAUUAUUUCUAAUUCAUCGUUUAAUCCCGUGCCUAAAUUUAUCGAGAGAUAAAUGGAUGACAGGGUGAAAACUUUCCAAUCCAGGUUUAUUCUGCUAUGUUUUCUGCAGCCCAGUCUCACUUUUUCCGUGCUCCCGCCAUGAAAUGAGUCACAUUUUCCUGACACAUUUUUUAAAUUUUAUUUUACUAUUUCUAACCCUAACCCUCACAGAUCCCCACUGCGUCACCCUGGAUUUUGUGAUACCGUCACAAAAUGAAUUUGUGUCAUAAAAAUGUGGCACUUUUCGUAUUGGUACCAAUAGAUCAAUUUACUUGUUGUGAUUCCAUCAGGAAAUAGCGUGAGAUUGGGUUGUCACUGUAGCAGUGCAACAUUGAUCAUCCUUGCACUCAUCACUGAACAUCAGUCAAGAUGAUUUGUAUUUUUUAUAUUUAUGUUUCCUGCAUUUUCUACUGUUCUCUAAAUUUUUGAAGUGUUGUAGCCCCUCAAGGCCAAAACAGCCUUGCUUACUUUUUCUCAGUAUAGAAACAUGCGUUCAUUUUAUGUAUGCAAAUGUGCAAAUACUACAAAUCUUCAGGUGGAACUGCAUGCAGCUGUACUGACUUAAUUUUUAGCACCAACUAUGAUCAUCAUCUUAUUUGCAAGAUCAUUUUAGGGAAACAGGACAUUGGACAGAAUCAUGCGCUGUUCUUCACAUAUCUACAGGAUUACUUUUUUCUAAUGUCAUCAUGUUGAUAACAUGUUCGCUGUAUGUUUCUGCUUUGUAUAUUGUGUUAUUUUAACAGUAACGUAGUUAUUCAAAAGCUUACAGUGGAUAAUUCUGUUUAAAAUUAUGUUUUUUUUUAAAACAUAGAUGUCAGAAUCUAUUAAAUUAUGUGCCAUUGCGUGUUCACAUGAGCGGCCACAUGCUAUUGUACACGCAGCUCUGCUUGCAGCUUUAUUAGUGUGGAAUUCCUCUCAUUCAUGCAUAAAAGAUGCAACAUCACCUGACUAAUAUCUGUUAAACUGCGCAGGAUUCAGACAAUAAUUCAAGUUUUCGUGAGUGACAUUAGUUGCCAUAACAACACUAUCAUGAUUUUUUUUCUCACUGGGUUAGAAGAGUAAUCUGAUCAGUCAAGCAAGAAAGUCUAACAAAUGUUGUUGUUUGGUAGAAUGUGUGAAAUAUUGAAUUUGUUUCAAAAAGGUGCUCUUGAAGCAUGUUUUGUUUGUUAGUGCAAGUUCUUCUCAGUGCAUGAUGAUGGACUUUCUACUGCCAAUAAGGUCAUGUGAUUAUCAAGAAGAAAAAUCU